AUGACUCUUACACUUAGAAUUUUCAUCACAUUAUUAUUAACACUAACAAUAUCCACAUUUACGACUGCGAAAACUCGAGCUUUGCUCAAUGAUCUUAGUCCUACGGAGUCAUAUACUCGGCUUAACUCGGGCGAUGAUCAAAGUUCAAGUGGUUGUUGGGACUCAAUGCUUAAACUGCAAUCAUGCUCAGGAGACUUAAUUCAGUUUUUCUACAAUGGUGAGACUUAUUUGGGCACAGAUUGUUGCAAUGCAAUGAUCGUCAUAGUCCAAGAUUGUUGGCCUGUUAUGUUAAACUCAUUGGGCUUAACUUCAGAAGAAAUUGGUGUUCUUAAAGGCUACUGUGAUGCUUCUGCUCCAAGCCCACCAAGCCCCCCUAUUGCUCCUGGGCCCACUAAGCUUCAGAUUAUGGAUCAACUACUUAAUUAG